AUGGCCCAAACAAACGAUAUUCAGCCCCCUUUGGGGAGCAACAAUCCCAAUAUUGACCAUCCAGCUUCCCUCGACCGUCCCAUGUUCUGUUCUGAAUGGCCUGUAUCUUCUCCAAGCGGAUACAGAAUCACGGACCACAUGGUAAACGAAGCUUUCCCGGAACGACCAUCCUUUAAAAUUGCCAUGCUUGGUGCCGGCGCCGCUGGAAUUGACUUUCUUCAUCACGCAAUCCUCGCGUUCAAAGAUGAUCCUGAUGUUGACUUGGUCGUGUACGAGAAAAACCACGAUAUUGGGGGUACGUGGUUGGAAAAUCGAUAUCCAGGCUGUGCGUGCGAUGUCCCUAGCGCGAGCUAUCAGUUCCCGUGGAGACCAAAUCCUGGCUGGACUAUGUACUACAGUACAUCCAGGGAAAUUUGGGAAUAUCUCAGGAAAAUCGUCGAUGAAGAGGGGAUGAUGAGGUAUAUAAGGCUACGGACAACGAUUGUCCAUGCAGCGUGGCAGGAACCCAAAUCUAAAUGGGUCCUGCAUCUUGUGGAAAGGAAUGAAAAAGAUGAAGUGGUGAGAGAAUGGGACGAAGAAUUUGAUAUGUUCCUGAGUGGUGCUGGAAUUUUAAAUGCUUGGAAAUGGCCAGAUAUUCCUGGCCUGCACAGCUUUAAAGGGCGGCUCUUCCACACUGCACGAUAUGAAGAAGGUUUCGAUCUCAAAGGAAAGAGUGUUGCCGUCAUUGGCUCAGGGAGCUCAGGAGUCCAGACAGUCGCUGCGAUUUAUAAUGACGUUUCGAAGCUGUAUACUUGGGUAAGGACACCAACAUGGAUCACACCUGGAUUUGCGCAGAAGUAUGCCGGGCCCGAUGGAAAGAAUUUCGCAUAUAGUGAAGAGCAAAAGGAUAUCUGGAGGGCCUAUCCGGAGAAGUAUCGCAGCUAUCGUAAGAUGAUAGAGGACGAGCUUAAUGGACGUUUCCGGUUUGUUUUGAGAAAUAGCAAAGAGUCUGACGAUGCCAUUCUGAUCAUUCCCCAAAACUUUAACGUUGGCUGUCGCCGACCCACCCCUGGAAACGGAUAUCUUGAGGCCCUCGUCGGCUCAAAAACAACCUUUAAUGUCGACGUGAUAAUCUGUGCCACAGGCUUCGAUACCACCUUCCGCCCACGAUUCCCAAUAAUAGGUCUGGAUGGGAAAAAUAUUGCCGACCGCUGGGAAAACAGGGCGGAAAGUUAUAUCUCGGUUUCAGUGUCGAAUGUCCCGAAUUAUUUCAUGUACGGUGGUCCAUACAGCCCCGUGGCUCAGGGAUCAAUUCUGCCGAUUCUCACGUUAUUAUCCAACCAUUUUAUCCAGGUCAUCAAAAAAAUGAGAAAAGAACACAUUCGCCGCUUAAGCCCCAAAGAAAGCGCGAUGAGAGACUUUGUUGAGCAUGCCUCUGUGUAUCUCCAGCGCACUGCUUGGGCAGAUCCAUGCAGCAGCUGGUUCAAGCAAGGCAAAAUAGAUGGCAACAUUGUCAUGUGGCCGGGUAGUCGACUGGCCUUUUUUGAUCUGAUCAAGGAACCGAAGUAUGAAGAUUAUGAAAUCGAGUAUUGGAGCGGCAAUCGUUGGGGAUACCUGGGAAAUGGGUUUAGCACCGUGGAGUUCGACGGGAGUGAUAUCAGUUCAUACUUGAAUUGUGAACUGUUUCCUCAGGAGCCCGCUGCUUCAAAACAAGAGGAGAAGGUGGAAAGUAACCCUCUGCAUAGCUCGGCCAAGGAUUCGCUUAACUCGAAGGAAUUCGACUCCUUGGGGCUCCUACAGGAUACUCCCGGGUUUCAGGUGGCAGUCUGUCCUAACUGA